GCUUUGUUCACACUUCUUCACACACCAUUUCUUAGCUGUAGACUGUAGUGUCUUUUAUCUUAUAAAAAAAAUAAAAUAAAUACUAGUAGUGUCUCUUCAACUGUGCAUUACUCACUCUCUAUUCUAAACUUUCUUUCUUUAGUUUUACAUUAUUUAUUUAUAAUUUCUCAUUGUCUCUCUCUCUCUCUCUCUCUCUCCUACUUCCAUCAUUUCAUUGGUCUUUACCCUUCACCUUUUUCAACAUUCAUACAUUGACUCUAAACUCACUUUGCCAGUUUGCCCUUCCCUCUAAAAGUUUUUGUCUUUUUUCAUCCACAUUUCUCUCAACCUUUUUCAUUUUCUUUCAUUUUCAUCCUUCAUAGCCAUUAUUAAUAUUUUUGGAACCAAAAACAGUGUUACACAAAGUGUUGCUUAAAUCAUGGAACCUCCAAAGCAAGAGGAAAUAUGCCAUCAACCAAUGGACCAACUUCAUGGCAUAGAGUACUGCAUAGAUUCAAACCCUUCUUGGGUUGAGUCAAUAAUUCUGGGUUUCCAGCAUUAUAUUCUGGCUUUAGGAACUGCAGUUAUGAUUCCUUCAUUUCUUGUGCCUUUGAUGGGUGGAACUGAUGGUGAUAAAGUGAGGGUGGUGCAGAUUCUACUUUUUGUAGAAGGAAUUAAUACACUUUUGCAGACACUCUUUGGAACUAGGUUACCAACAGUGAUGGGAGGGUCUUAUGCAUUCAUGGUACCAAUUAUAUCCAUUAUUCAUGACUCCAAAUUGGCUUCCAUUGAAGACCCACAUUUGAGAUUUGUUAACACUAUGAGAGCAGUUCAAGGUGCAAUGAUAGUAGCAUCAAGCUUACAAAUUAUUUUGGGCUUUAGUCAAUUAUGGGCCAUUUGUUCUAGGUUUUUCAGUCCACUUGGAAUGGUUCCAGUAAUUGCAUUAUCUGGUUUCGGGUUAUUUAACCGAGGGUUCCCUGUGGUUGGCCGUUGUGUCGAAAUUGGAAUUCCCAUGUUACUUCUGUUUAUAGUCUUCUCUCAGUACUUGAAGAAUUUUAAUGCAAGACAGCUACCGAUAUUAGAGAGAUUUGCGUUGCUUAUAUCAACGACAAUGAUAUGGGCUUAUGCACAUCUCUUAACAGAAAGUGGAGUAUACAAAAACAGUCCAGAAUUAACUCAACAUAAUUGCAGAACAGAUAGGGCUAACCUCAUUUCUUCUGCUCCAUGGAUAAAGAUUCCAUACCCUAUUGAGUGGGGUGCUCCUACAUUUGAUGUUGGUCAUGCUUUUGGCAUGAUGGCUGCUGUUUUGGUCUCCUUAAUUGAGUCAACUGGGGCAUACAAAGCUGCAUCACGGCUAGCAAGUGCAACACCGCCUCCUCCUCAUGUUCUGAGCCGCGGUGUUGGCUGGCAGGGAAUUGGAGUCUUGUUGAAUGGACUAUUUGGAACACUGACUGGUCCAACAGUUUCUGUAGAGAAUGUAGGGCUUCUAGGAAGCACUCGCGUUGGAAGUCGACGAGUCAUUCAAAUUUCAGCUGGCUUUAUGAUAUUCUUCUCAAUGUUAGGAAAAUUUGGUGCCUUUUUUGCAUCAAUACCCUUUCCCAUUUUUGCUGCUAUGCACUGUGUCCUUUUUGGUCUUGUGGCUUCUGUGGGGCUAUCAUUUUUGCAGUUUACUAACAUGAACUCAAUGAGAAAUCUCUUUAUAACUGGGGUUGCCCUUUUCUUGGGCAUGUCUAUUCCUGAGUAUUUCAGAGAAUACACUUCCAAGGCCCUUCAUGGUCCUACUCAUACAAAGGCUAGAUGGUUCAAUGAUUUUGUCAAUACUAUCUUCUUCUCAUCCUCAACUGUUGCAUUUAUUGUUGCUGUGUUCUUGGACAACACACUUGAUUACAAGAAUAGCUCCAAAGAUAGGGGAAUGCCAUGGUGGACCAAAUUUAGAACAUUUCAUGGAGAUACCAGGAAUGAAGAAUUCUACACCCUCCCUUUCAACCUCCACCGGUUUUUCCCUCCAUCUUAACAAAGAAACUUAUGUUUCAUAAAGAAAUAUGUUAAGAGGAAAAAUAUAAUUUCCAGAUAAGGAUUGUAUUUUCUUGGUAUGAGAGUGAGGAAGAGUGAUAAGUGAUAACUGUGUAUCAUAUGAGUAGAUUAUUAAUGAAGAAAUUUAUCAUAGUUUAACAUAGAUUGUUCAUGGCAUUUCAUUUUGGACUAUGUGCCUGUUUGAGUUGACUUAUUUGUGUUUAUCUACUGACAUAAGUACUUGUAACGCUGUUUGGAAGGGCUUAUAGAAACAACUUAUGACAUGUUCAUAAGCCAUAUUCCACUUAAUUUUGUAAGCUCUCCAGGAUAGAUUAUGAAAACAAUUUAUAUGCUAUAUGAAAGAAGUUUGAUUUUA